AUGUCCUCCGACGCAUCCACAUCCAAAGCAAAGACAGACGCUGCCGCGCUAGAGGAAUCCAACAAAGAACAGAAUGCCCCGCCCACUCUCGGCGUAUUGGAAGAGGACGACGAGUUUGAGGAGUUCCCUGUACAAGACUGGGACGACUCGGAGACAGAUUUGAAGCACCUUGGCGGUGCCGCUCCAGGUGCCGCGCAGUCGGGCGGCAACAAGCUCUGGGAGGACAACUGGGACGACGACGACAUCGAGGACGAGUUCAGCAUGCAGCUACGCAACGAACUGGCGAAAACUGGGAAGGGCGGAGAUGCGAUGCAGACAUAACGAAUCGAACCACGUUUCCGUUCGUAUCUCUGUCGCAAGCUGUACUCUUUUUGCCCUGGAAAGCACGUCGUAUUCUCCUCUGCCUGAAUUCCUUCUUUCCUAUCAGAAACCUGUCGCAUUCGACCAAAUGGUUAAUGUAGCUGCAGUCCCAACGGUC